AUGGGAGGAGGAACUCCGGUUCUGGAGGCAUUCCCGGAUGAUUGGAGGAACUCCGGUUCAGGAGGAAUCCCCGAUGGAGCGAGAAAGCGCGAGGAGCACGUGAACGGGCCGCUUUGUCCUCGUCCCAUUGUGCUUGUGUUGACUGCUGCGGGUGAGACGUACUUCCAGCGGUGGGGUGAUGAAUCGACUUUCUGGUUCAGUGGAAGUGACAAUUAUCGAACAAUGCUCUCUCUUCGGGAAGCCUUUGACCCUGGAGAAAGCGUGAAGGAUCCCUCCCGUGCCCUUUAUGGACACGACACGCCGAGUUGCGACACGGACGGGACUUGCGGGUCGAGGUGUCGUCUUGCGGCGACAGCCCGCCACAACUGCAGCACGGACGGCGACUGCUCCAAGACGGAGUUCUGCCUGGGCGGCGUGUGCGUGAACCCGUGCAACGUGCUCAACCCGUGCGAGAGGUCCCUGAGGAACGGGAUCUGCGCUGUUGAGGAGCACAGGCCGGUCUGCAGGUGUCCAGAUGGGUUCGUCAACAUGGGCGUGGAGUGCAAGCCAGUUCGGUGCAUGCACAAAGGAAAGCAGCACAGCUACGCAGACAGCGUCUACGAAGAGAACUGCGAGCAGCGAUGCACGUGCUCCUCAUCGGGCGAGAUGGUGUGCAACUCGGACUACACGUGCCUGCCGGGGUUCUUCCGGGUCGGGUCGUACUCACGAGACCCGCUGUGCUUCGAGAACAAGAACGAGCCGUUCGCGGACGAAUGUUGCGUGACGGUGGUCUGCGCGGGGCCCAAGGGACAGUCCGGGGCCGAGGACAAGGACAAGGACAAAGGGCAGACCAAGGCGGAAGACAGCAAGGGCUCUUCGGGAGGCGAUGAAGGAGAGGCGGUAGCGGCUGGAGGCGAAGGAGAGGAACCAGCCAAGAAUCCCAUGGAACCGUCCGAUUCAUCAUCCACGUCUCCCACCACCCCGACGCCGACCGCCUCCAUCUCCCCAGAGGCCUCGAGUCCACUCGAGGCGUCCACCUCCCCGACCGCCCCGUCCGCAUCCACCGACGGCGCGUCCACUCCCGCGUCCUCGACGCCCCCGACCUCGACGACCGCCACGACCCCCAAGACCACGACCGCCUCCCCCACGCUGGACAUCGUCAGCAUCACCCACAACAGCACGACCCUGCGCCUCCCGGGCACCCAAGGCGGCACCCUCUACAUGGUCGUCCGCGGCGACUUCGACGGGGAGAACACCCAAUGGAACAAGCUCCUCGUCCCCUCCGGAGCCCAUUCCUACACCGUCAUGCACCUUAGACCCAGCACGGAGUACUUGUUCAGGUGGAACAGCGUGGAAUCCACCGCACCCAUGGCCACACUCCGCACUCAAGACGGUUGCGUGGCCGGCGACCUAUCCUACGGCCUGGGCCAUUCAUACCCAGCGGGCGGGUGCGCCAGCAUCUGCCGCUGCCUGGCGCCCGGCGGCCGCGUCGAGUGCACCCAGCGCUGCCGCCACGUCCGCGGCCAGAUCACCCUGCAGCCCGGCUGCGUCGAGGCGCCCGACCCCGCCGACCCCGAGUGCUGCGUCGUCCAGCAGUGCCACCCGCCCAAAGAGUAUCUCAUGCUGAUUCACCCGCGAGAGAAAGUACCCUUGAGGUUGGGACUCUGUAAGGCAGCCGAUGUUGCCCAACCUGGGGUGACGAAGCAUCCUUGGCAUUGUCGUGACGCCGUCGUGACGUCGACGGCAGUAGUCACCAUGGCCAUCAAUUCCCUCCACGACGAAGGGCGAGAUCCGCCCUGUGAGCCCCACAUGCGUCUUGUGGGCCCCAUAGAGGGGCUGCUUCAUUCACGCGAGAGCUAUGCGCGUUAUCGUAGCAUUUCGCGAUAUCACCUCGGAGCUGAGGAGGCGCGGAGCAUCUCGACGCCGCCGGAGACCCCGCCGUCAGACGCCUCCUCCACGUCGACGCCCACCGCCGCGACCUCCAAGCCCACCGCCACCGCCUCCACCCCGUCCCCCGACGGCAACUCCGAGCUCCGGCCGAAGCUGAUCGUGACGGAGCGGACGCAGGACAGCGUGAGCCUCGCCUGGGACGACUUCAGUCCCCCGUCGUACUCGCACGGGUACGUGGUCCAGUACCGACAGGCGAACGCGACGCAGGGGCGGACGUGGCAGCCGCUGCCGGUCACGGGGCAGUUGCCGCAUGCGACCAUCCGGAGUCUCGUCCCCAGCACUACCUAUCAGGUCCGGGUCUCCAUUUACGACGACUUCGACUCCAACACCUUGGGCCUCUCCACGGCGACCAUCAAUAUCACCACCCGAGCCGGGUGCGUGUUCAACGGGACGACGCACGAAGUGGGGGCGGAGCUGGUGCAAGGCUGCGAGGCCCAGUGCAUGUGUCACCAGAACGGGUCCGUGACGUGCAGCGAGCGGUGCCAGUACCCGUACUUCCAGCGGGGUACCUCCCACCCGGACCCGUACUGCUCGGAGCAGGCGGUGGACGAGUGCUGCGCGCUUAUGGCGUGCGAGGGGGCGGCGGAUGAGGAUCGGAUCGUGACUGAGGUCCCGGACCCGUCGAUGCAUCACGUAACGGAAUUGAAGGCGUGCAAAUACAACAACGAAACGUUUGCAGUGGGCGAGGAUUUUCAUGACGGAUGCGAAUACAAAUGCACGUGCACUGCUUCAUUAGAAAUUCAAUGCGAGCCGAGGUGUUCGCUGAGGGCGGAUGCGACGGCGCCGCCGUCCUGCAUGCUCGAGCCGGAUCCGAACGACGAAUGCUGCUCGCUGCUCUUCUGUCCGUCGGGGGUCAAUGGGACGGGGGCCAUGGUUCCUCGGGAAGGUGGGGUGGAUGGUUUCGUUGCUUCUGUUGGGUGCGGGUGUGGGGCAUCUGGAGCUUCUGAGGUCGUCGAGAGGCGAUGGAGGCUCCAGAUGCCGUCGUUGGAGAGUACCCAAGCAGUGACUCUUCCAUUUGCUGGCUGCAAGUAUGAAAAUCAGACAUUAAAAGCCAAUGAGACGUUCAACAAAGGUUGCGAGGAGACUUGCAGAUGCAUGGGUUUUGGAGACAUCUCAUGCUUCCCACGGUGUCCGCCUCCAAGCCAUGGAGGAAAUCGUGGCAUCUCCUGCGUCACUUUACCAGAUCCUACUGAUCCGUGUUGCACCAUUACUGUCUGUGGAGAAACCCAGUCAGAUGUAAUGAAAGCAAAUACCUCUGAGGCCCAAGCAACAUCUACAUCAACCCUCUCGAGUACAACUGUGAUCCUAACCUCUAGUUCUUCUGUUGCCACUUCAACCCCCACUCCUUCUACAUCCCCUCCUCCACCCCCAACCACUCCCCCAACACCUGGAUGCAAGUACGAGAGCAAGCAAUUUAAUGUAGGCUCUGAGUUCUUUAUGGGCUGCAGUGCUCGAUGCCUUUGCGUUGGCACCAACGUGUACCAAUGCGUCCCGAGGUGCCUCGAGCACCGAAUUCCGGCCGGGUUCAACUGCACGUACCAGCCUGAUCCUUCAGAUUCUUGCUGCACCAUACCCUUGUGCACACCCUUCAGAGAGGUGCCGGAAGAGCCGACGGGUUGCACGUACGACGGUGAGGUCAUACCCGUUGGAACUGAAUUCAACAAAGGAUGUGAAGAGCGCUGUUUCUGUGUGGGCUCAGGGAUCGAACACUGUGCACCUCGAUGCCCUAGAAUAGACCCUUUGUUUAUGGAAACAUGUACUCAGGUUCCUGAUCCAGGAGAUCCCUGCUGCAACGCCCUCUUGUGUCCCGAACCUAUUCCUCUGCCCACACUUCCAGAUGAAUCCCAAGAUGGAGAAACAUCAACUGUUUCAAACACACUGGGAGGUCAAGAGGGCUGCUUAUAUGAGGGGACUUUAUAUCCCCUUGGGACUAACUAUACCAAGGGAUGUGAAGAGAGAUGUGUCUGCCUGGGACCUGGCAUUGAGCAUUGCUUCCCUCGAUGUGAGGAUAUUACUCCCAAGCUGAAGGAUGGCUGUACAGUCAUCCCUGAUCCUGCUGAUAAAUGCUGCCAGAAUCUCAAAUGUCCUGAAAAAAAUCCACGCUUGGAGGACUCUGGGAACUCAUUGGCAGACAGCCAACAGAUACAUUGUUCCUAUGAGGGGAAACUCCUUUCAGUAUAUGAGAGGGUGUACAAUGAAUGCGUCUCCUUCUGCAUGUGCAUGCCUUCGGGCGAGAUGGAAUGUGCAGCCGUGGAAUGUCCUGAUGCCUAUUCCCUUGAGUACCUGCAUCCUGAGUGCUAUGAAUGGGGACCAAAUCCAGCCACUCCAGUGGAACCACCAAACUGUUGCCCACAUUAUGUGUGUCUCAAUGAUGGCACAUGUGAGUACAAAGGGGAGACUUUCGACAACUUUGAGGAGAUCCCUGAGAGCUUGACGGGUUGCCAAAAGCGAUGCAUGUGCGAAUUUGGGAACAUCUCCUGCCAUGACGUGUGUCCUCCAGUGGCUGAAAAGCCUCCUCUCAGCCUCCCUUGCCCCCCUCAGAUUGCCUUCUUGGAGGAAGAAGGUUGCUGCCAAGUAUGGAAAUGCCCUUCAAGUCCAUUCACGCCGACCCGUCCCCCACCUCCCAUCCCUGGCCUUUUAGAUGCGGAUCGUUUCCCCAUGUUCCCUCCUCAGAAUACCAGACCUACAAAGCCUAACUUCCCACUUCCACCAACACUUCAAAUAGACACAAGCUGUGCAUACAAUGGAAAGCUGUAUGGAAUUGGCCAGUCGUGGGAAGUGGGAGCAAGCUGUCAGAGGAAAACUUGCACCUGCACUCUGCAUCCGAAUGGAACAGCAGGGGUAGAAUGCCAAGGAGGGUGCGCUGAUGUGGCAUCUCGGGCCCUUGAGCCCAGCCCCGAAUGCCCUUCACCGUAUCUCUUCACCCCUACUGAUCCCUGUAUAUGCCCCUUUGUCAUGUGCAAUGCCUCUCACUCCUCAGGACAAAGGAUCUCUGACUUGCGUGUUCAUCCGAUCAACGCCACUGCUGUACAGAUCACAUUUUCCCUACCGCCUAUCUAUGUUGGUCUCUCUGGUGAUGUUGAAGUCCUCUAUGACUACAAGUCACAGGAGAAGUCAGAUCCUACCCAGUGGGACUCUACAUUCUGGAUGCCAGAGGGGGAAGUCUUUGCAUCCAAGAGACAGGUGUUCACUCUGAAUCGGUUCAAGCCAGCGACGAAAGGACCAAGUACAACGAAGCCCCCUCAUGUCCCAACCACAUCCCUGCCAUCAAAACUCAAUGUGGAUGCAAACCUCGAAUUCAGGAACCUUCAACCAACAUCUGUGUUCAUCUUAUGGAGGAAAUUCCGCCCUUUCGAGAGGCAAUUCAUCGAUGCCAUUCAACUGCGAUAUCGGAACAGGGAUGAGAAUUCUCAGGUCCCAAAGAUGACACCUCUGCUACAUCCAGAGAAUACAGAAUACGAAUUGCGAGGACUAACACCCGACACGGAGUAUGAAGUGGACAUUGCAUUCUCUCCUUUCCCGAAUCAGACAACCGAUCUCGUAUCGGAUACUCCAUUGUACCUGCACACUCCUCCGCUUUCAGAUAUUUAUAAUUUCUCGAUGAUGCUGGAGAUCCCGAAGAUGAGUUCCCGAGUCAUCGAGCUCCGUCUGAACGGGAUCCCCCAGCCUCCAAGCAAAUACGUCAACGUCUAUCGCGUCUUGCACAAAGCCAUGAACCGCCUCACGCCCGAGGAACAAUUCGUUCUCCCAAAAGUCGACCCUCCGGCUUUCACCAUCGAGGGUCUCAAGCCCAGCACUGAGUACCAAAUAUGGGUGGAGGCCUUUCUGAGAAAUGGGAAGAUCUUGCCAUCAAACGUGAUCGACCGGAAGACACCUUCAGAUCCUUAUGGCGCACCAGAUAAUCCCAAGGAGACACAGUUUGCGGAAAAGAGUCAUGCAACGGUCGGAGGAGACGAAGGAGGUUCUUAUUACGUCCCAAUGAUCAUCUUGGCCAUCGUGGUCGUGGUCUUGAUCGUCCUGUCCAUUGCAAUCGCCAUCCUGUGCCGACGCCAGAGCCGAGCCAAGGCUCCUAUCUCCUCACCUCGCCAUGUCAACGAUCACGAACUCACAACACAGAGCUACAACAACCCCUCAUUCAAGCACGCAGAUGCGGAGGGAAAUUACAUCAACGGGAAGGAUUCCACGAAGUCCCUGGAUCCAUGAAGACGCGAGAAGAGGCAGCAGUCGGAAAAUGUGAUAUUGAGUCCGCAGGAGAGGAGUGAUAAGUCUGCGCUUCCUCUCGAAGUCCAUGCCAUAGGGAGGAAUCCCUGAUUGAUAUGUGAUAAUGCUCAAUCGUCCCCCGAUCCCGAUCCCUUGAGAGAAUGCGUGUGUGUGUGUGUUUUGUGAUUCCAAAUAUGACUCAUGGGUUCCUUUUGCAAGCAAAAACGGUGCUCCGAUCGUCGGGUUCCAUGACUCGAUUCUCCGUGCAAUUCUUGAAUCCUAUUAGAUGUGACUCCAGCCGACGAGUGGAUUACAUUUCAUCCUUCUUCACGUUCACACAUUUUAGAUCUUAAGAUUUUUUUUUAUGAUCCACACGAGCACGAAAUUCCUUUUAGGUUGGCCGGUCCAACAGUUCUUAAUCCGAAAUUCCUGCCAGCGGCAGCUGGUUCCAGCCAUCAUGACAUAAAUAUGGCCUUUUAUUUCCGGGUUUUUGUCUGUCCUUGUAAAUGAUGAAAGAAGUAUCUUUGCAUGCUUCAUUGUAUUUUUUGGAUCUUUCAUUGUGAUAAUGUAGUCAGGCGAACUAUGUAGGGAGCAACCAAACAGUAUGGAAAGAUCUUGAAAUGCUCCCGGUGACAGUUUCCUUGUUGAAAGGACAAAAAAAUGACUGGUAUUGAUUAUUACAGCUGUAUCAUGAUGAGCUGUGACUGGGUAUGAAUGUUGUAGAUUAUGGAAUGAAGAUGACGAGUCUUUUCUUGAUCUA